CAGUAACCAAAAAGAAGAAAACACGUUAAACUUGACGUGGACUAAAGUAGCUGGUUCAUUCAUUUUGUAAAAAAUAUUACAUUUAAGUUACUAUUUAUUCUUUAUACAUAAAGAGAAAAGGCACCAGUGAUUUAAGAGAUAAAUGAGUAUUUAUAACAGAAAAGAUGAUCUUCUGUUCUAAAAUGUAUGGAGCAUUGAGCUUGGUGUUGUUACCAUUAUUUUUAAGUCAAUACACAGAUGCGGCAGCUGUAAUAUCCAUCGAUUUGGGAUCAGAAUGGAUGAAGAUUGGAAUUGUCUCUCCCGGCGUGCCAAUGGAGAUAGUUUUGAAUAAAGAGUCUAAAAGGAAGACCCCGGCAGUCGUAGCUUUUAGAGACGGUGUGCGGACCUUUGGGGAAGACGCUGUAACUGUGGGCGUUAGAUUCCCCAAAAAUUCCUACAAGUAUCUGUUAGAUCUUCUUGGAAAGCCCUAUGACCAUCCUAUGGUGCAGGCUUAUAAGGAACGCUAUCCAUAUUAUGAUAUUGUGGAGAAUGAUCGAGGCAUCCCAGAGUUUAUACAUGAUGAGAACACAAGGUUUACGCCCGAGGAACUGGUGGCACAGUUGCUGGCGAAAGCAAAAGAGUUUGCCGAAAUCAGUCAUGGCCCACCAAUUACGGAAUGUGUGAUUACGGUCCCUGGGUUCUUCAACCAAGCAGAAAGGAGAGCUCUCAAAGAGGCUGCCUCACUUGCUGGGUUGAAUGUGCUACAGUUGAUCAAUGAUUACACUGGGAUAGCUAUAAAUUAUGGAAUUUUCAGGAGAAAGGAAAUCAACGAGACUGCAUGGCACACUCUAUUCUUCGACAUGGGCGCUGCGUCGACCAAGGCGGCGCUGGUGGAGUACCGCACUGUGAAGACCAAGGAGCGCGGCUACGUCGAGACUGUGCCGCAGCUGCAGAUACUCGGCGUCGGGUUCGAUAGGACGUUGGGCGGUCACGAGAUGACGUUACGUCUCCGCGAACACCUGAUCAAAGCGUGGGAGGCGAGCGGCGGCGGCGACGUCAGGGCUUCGCCCCGCGCCAUGGAGAAGCUGCUGAAGGAGGCCGAGAGGCUCAAGAUUGUGUUGUCAGCGAACACGGAACACUACGCGCAGAUCGAGAGCCUGUUGGACGAUAAGGACUUCAAGCACUUGGUGACUCGGGCAGAAUUCGAAGAGCUAUGCUCAGACCUGUGGUCCCGAGUGUCGGGGGUCGUGCAGCGCGCGGUGUCGGCGGCGGGGGGCGCCGGCGCGGGCGCCCGGCUGGUGCUGGCUGGGGGCGCCGCGCGUGCCCCCGCUGUGCACCUCGCUCUGCGGGGCGCUGUGGGGCACGAGCCCGCCCGCUCCAUCAACGCUGACGAGGCCGCUACCAUGGGCGCUGUGUAUAGGGCGGCGUCCCUAGCCACCGGAUAUAAAGUGGCUCCGCUAAACGUUCGCGACGCUGUGGUCCUACCCAUACAAGUUGUGUUCUCCAGACAUGUGGACGGCAAUGAUAAAUUGAUCAAACGCACCCUCUUUGGCCCAAUGAAUCCUUACCCUCAAAAGAAGGUAAUCACAUUCAAUAAACACAUUGACGACUUCACUUUCAACGUCAAUUACGCUGAAUUAGAGCAUAUUCCUUCUUCUGAAUUGGCUUAUAUCGGCACUCUGAAUCUUACGCAAGUUAUGUUAAAUGGCGUCAGUGCAGCACUCGAUAAACACACAGGAGAGAAUGUCGAACAUAAGGGCAUCAAAGCACAUUUCAACAUGGAUGAUUCCGGCAUACUAAAUCUAGUUAAUGUAGAAUUCGUUGCUGAGAAAACGGUCACAGCAGAAGACGAAGACAAAGAUAGCACUCUCUCUAAAAUAGGCAGCACUAUUAGUAAGCUAUUCAGCUCGGAUUCAGAAGCGACGGAAAAACCUGAAGAAAAAACUGAAGAACCGCCUCAGGAAGCUGAAAAGAAUGAGACUUCAAAGGCCAAUGAAACAGUCACUGAAAAACAAAACGCAACUGCGACGGAAAAGCCUAAACCGAAAAUUCUAAUAUUGAAAGAACCUAUUGCCACAGAAGAACAAAUACUUAACUUGCAACCAUUAACCUCUGAUCAAUUCAAAGCUUCUUUAAAAAAAAUCAACGAACUGAACAUGAUAGAUAGAAAACGAACGGAAAGGGAAACUGCACUGAAUAAUCUGGAAGCUUUUGUAGUAGACGCACAAAUGAAAAUUGACAUGGACGAGUAUUCUGAAUGUGGAAAGCCAGAGGAAAUCGAAGAGAUCAAAAAACUGUGUAGCGAAGUAUCUGAGUGGCUCUAUGAUGAUGGCUACGAUGCGCCUACAGAAAUGUUUGAGGAAAAACUGGCCUUGCUUAAAGAUAAAACGAAUCCCAUAUUCUAUAAACAUUGGGAACACAGCGAAAGGCCUGACGCUAUCGCCUCUAUGCGCUCUAUGUUGAAUAAUUCCAAUGAAUUCCUUAAAAUGGCGAAGAACUUCACUAAAGAAGUGAACACAGAUAAAGAUAUAUUCACCGAAGUAGAAAUAAGUGUACUAGAAAACAAAAUAAUUGAAACAGAGACAUGGCUAAACAAGUCUAUUGAAGAACAGGAUGCGUUAAAGAAAAAUGAGGAUGUUAAGUUAACCAUCGAGAGUUUAAGGGAAAAAAUGCAGGGUUUAGAUAGAGAGGUCAAAUACCUUUUGAGUAAGAUGAAAAUAUGGCGGCCUAAGAAGCCGGUGAAAAAAGAGGCUGAAAAUAAAACUGAGACGGUGAUAGAACCGGAGGGUAAAGGGGACGAACCGGUAAAAUCGGAAACGCAAGAGGAAUCUCCGGAAACGAUUCCUGAAGUGAGUGACGCGGAAAAGGUGGAGGAGACGACAGAGGCGCCCCCGCAGUUAGCCGAUGGCAAUGACGAACAUUCCGAAUUAUAAUAAGGGGAGUAAUUUAAUUUAUUAGUCUAAUUUAUUUUUUAAUUUGAAGGUGCUAUCUGUUCGCUAUUUGAAUUGUUUAUUUUUUGUGCGGAUUGUUGGUUUUACUCAUAGUUUCGCAAUGUACAGUUUUAGUUAGGAAUUAGUAUUUGUGUGCACUAUAAUAGUAGAUUUUCCGAUUUUAUAAAUAUUAUAUAGGUAAUAUUAAGCUUUUGUAUACUUUAUGACUCAUUCAUAAUACCAAUUCAAAAAGCGAACAACUAGUAAACCAAUCUCAAAUCAGACUGGCCGCCUUUCUGAAAUUCCGUAAAAUCUAUUUAUUAUUUGAGUUAAAUACAUUUGUUAUUGGUUGUUAGCUGGUCUAUCUUCGAACUGCGGCUUUCUCUCUUUUAUAUGAUUUAGCUGGUGGCCCCCUAAACAACAGUGGACGCGAUAAAUGUUAUACAUAGUAUAUUUAUUGUAAUUAAUCUUUAUGUGAUAUAUAAAGGCAUUAAGUUGUGAGUGGUUGGUAUUCCUGCUACAGAUUCGACCAAUGUUAUAAAUAUAAAAUACGUGAUCUGCAAGGUUAUACACAAACUUAAGAAAAUAAAGUACUCAUAGCCGAAAAAGGUCUUAUGAAUCAAAAUAUGUUUAUACGAUUGUAUUCUGUAUUUUAAAAAGUGGAUUUAAGCAAUACAAAAUGUAUUUAUGUCUACAGCUUGGGUAAUAUGGAAGUAAUUUGCAUGCAUUUAUUAUUCAGAUUUUUGUCGUCAUAGUGAUUAGUUGUCAUAUUGUUCUUUGAGUGUUAUUCACAUAGUGAAAAGUGGUUCAUUGCAAUGCAUUAUCAGAUAUCGAGAGUUGUAGGUUAUUGUGUGAACAAACAAAUCUUUAAGUUCCUCAAAGAUAUGUGACGUUAGCAAAGGUACGUGCUCUUUUUUACGUUCUUUUAUGUAUUUUUGUUUCUCAUUAAUGUACAAAAUACAUUUGGCACAAGUUUUAGUAUUAACACAAAUUGUUAUGUAAUAGGCGUUAUAUUAAGCUAAGUGACGUAAAAAAUUGUGUGGGUUCUGUAGCACAGGAAUAUACGUCUUAAGUAAGAAUUGUUCAGUAUCCAGUCGCAAACGAAAAUAAAUUAUACGAUGAAUGAAAA